AUGAAUGUCCAGCUGGGCUUGGAGAACACCGGGGACCUGUCGGCCCAGGAGCAGGAACUCAUGCAGAGUCAAGGCCGAGCCCUGCAUGCCGCGCUCCCCAGGCCCUCGCUGGUGGCCUCAGUGCUGGAGGGCAGCGAGUACCACCGGGCUGAGCACCCCCUGCCGCUGCACGAGAAGUUCCACCAUCAGCACCACCCACACCAGUGCCUGCCUGUGGGUAACGUCAUUGGGAGCUUCACACUGAUGAGGGAGGAGCGGGGCCUGGGCUCGGGGGGCAACUUCUACAGCCCCUACCACAAGGAUCUGGGCAUGGGGCAGGGCCUCGGCUCCCUGCCCAGCCCCAACCUGCCACCCAUGCACAGCUACUCCCACUCGGCCGGACACUUGGGCGGCGAGAAGAUGGUGGGUGCCAAUGGCUUUGACGCCCACUCUGCCAUGUUUGCCCGCAUGGACCAGCCCUUCUCACGGGAGAUGUCACCUUCCCAGAGCUCGGCCCUGAGCUCCCCUGGUGGCAUCAGCCAGCCCCACUAUGGGCAUCCCCGGGCAGACGCCAGCUCCCGGCCCAACCCACCAUUGUCCACCCAGACGGCUGUACUGUCUAGCCAGCUGGAGGAGAUCAACACCAAGGAGGUGGCUCAGCGCAUCAUUGCCGAGCUCAAGCGCUACAGCAUCCCCCAGGCCAUCUUUGCCGAGCGGGUGCUGUGCCGAUCCCAGGGCACCUUGUCGGACCUUCUCAGGAACCCGAAACCCUGGAGUAAGCUCAAGUCUGGGCGGGAGACCUUCAAGAGGAUGUGGCGAUGGCUGCAGGAGCCCGAGUUCCAGCGGAUGGCUGCUCUAAGGUUAGAAGCCUGCAAGCGGAAAGAGCAAGAGCAAAGCAAGGUCGAGCGAAGCCACGCGCCUAAGCGACACCGCCUGGUCUUCACGGACAUCCAGCGCCGCACGCUGCACGCCAUCUUCCACGAGAACCAGCGCCCCUCCAAGGAACUGCAGCUCACCAUCGCCCAGCAGCUGGGCCUCGAGCUCUCCACCGUCAGCAACUUCUUCAUGAAUGCCCGGCGCCGCAGCCUGGACAAGUGGAUGGAGGACGGCCGGACCCCCGCUGCGCCCGCCCACGCCCCCGGCACCGCCGUGGCCUGCACCAAAGCAUGA